AAUCCUGUUCGUUGAUCCUUUUCGAGUUGCGAAUUUCCCUUAUAUUUUUUCCUGCUUUUGUUUGGACUUUUACUCCCUUUACCUGCAGUGAGCCAGUUCUCGCGUCUUGAUUUCUGGUAAAUCAUUUGUGCUGAUCUGCUUUUGGAUUAUAUCUUAUUAUAUUGAUUCAUAUAUCUUCAUUUUCAUUGCUCUUUAGCAAAUGCGAUACUUUCGUUUUAUCUCCUUUGCGACCUGUACUGUCGGAGUGAGAAUUUAACUUAAUAUAUUUUGCUUCAUCCAGUUUCUCCAUCUCUCCACUAGCGAAAGCUGUUUCAUCUGUUGGAAACGUUGAAACAAAAUACCGUCUUGUCAUCCGCCAUCUUUUAAACUCGAAACGCCAAAAGUGCUUUGACAUUUUUUUCUUCUGUUGGUCUGGAUUCAGGGUUCUGCAUCUAUCUAUAUUACAUUUCCAUUAAACUCAUUCUUUUCCUACCACACAACCCAACCUUACGGAAUACACACCAGUAAUCAACAAGAUGCGAAACCACUAUUCUCACAUGUCUCCCUCUUCAAAAGCACAACAGGAAUGGCCUCUAAAAUCCACCUUUCGCCGUCUAAAGCGAUCGCUUCUUAGACGUCCAUCCACUCAUUCACAAAAGGCACCUCAAAAAGCAUCUCGGCGCCUUCCGGAACCACCUCUCUUAGUCGACAACCCAGAAUUGGAUUUAGUAAAUAUUCUGUCCUCGACUAUCAAUACCACACCUGCAAAUCUCAACGCUGGACCUGUUUAUCAACAUCAACGACAAAACACCCUUGAAGAUCCUAGGAGGUUUAAUGUCCUCGAUGUAGAAGCCCAGAAUCGGGUUAAUCAGAAAAGAGAGAGAACUAUGUUUGGAGGUCUAAAGAGAAAAAUUUCGGAUAAACAUCCUCGUCCUACUUCGAAUUCCCCUCCCGCGACAAGGGAAACUCCAUCUUCAUUCGGUAUUAUUCAAGAACGCACAUCAAUGGACUUAGUUAUUCAUCGUUUUCCCGCCGAGUAUUAUAAUUUCCCAAGACCCCCGACUCCGAAAACCCCAUCUAGAUCUCAGGAAGUUCCUCCCGUCCGUGCAGCAAAGUCUCUUAGAAGCAGAAUAUCGCGCACGUUUUCGAGAAACGGGAAAGGGAAGGGGAAAGGAGGAGAACAUGAUUUUGACAUGGAAGCUUAUCCACUUGAGAUAAAAAUGGUGAAACCAAAUCCGGCAGCGCCUCAUCCUGCUUUAGAUGAAUCUACUGCCUCUGCAUCUUCACGAUCCGACUCUCCAAAUCUCUCCCAAAGACGGUUUUCUCAAAGAGAUCUCCUUCGACCUAAUACUUCAGCAUCAUCAUCUACCUCAAAGUCUAUUUCGGCAGCUUCAACUCGUGGUACUCCACUAUUAACAGUCAACCAUCCAAGUGCGAUUCAGAGAGCAUUCUCCAGCUCAAGUCUGCGAAGUCAACUACAAAUCGUUGUUGAUGUCCCAGUCAUUGAAGCACAGGAAGUCAAAUCACCACCACCUACUUAUAGUGCUUCGAUGGAUUUUGCCAUGAAGGGAAGUGAAAAAACUACGGUGAAUUUAUCGGAUCAUCCCGCGCUUGCUGGUGUCGAUGCUGGUGCCUCGAGUUCGAGCGUAUCACAAAAUCAAUCAAUACCUACAUCUGAAGAAUCAGCACCCGUAGCUACUGUUUCCGCACAGCGCACACGCGCACUAAGCAACGCACCCCGUCCCUCUAUGACGCAAACCGUUCGUUCAUCCUUCGACAAUUAUGGUAGCACCACCAUAACAACGCAAACUACACACGACACCGUCGCACCCCUAUUAAUUCGCAAAACCGCUCGAGGUUCCUCCCCAAAACGUUUCGCAUCACUGAAACGCUCUCUCUCAGACUUAACAUCACGACCUCCUCCAUCUCGAUCCCAAUCCCAAGACACAGGACUCGCAAACCUAAACUCAAACACUUCUCCAAAAGCCAAACGUACAAGUACGAGUUCCACGUCUUCAAAGUCGUAUUAUACAUUAGGAAGCGCAGAAGCUGCCAUGCCAGGUGUAUCGAGAAGUUUAACCGUACUAAACGCGAAGAGGAACUCGACCAUUUCAUCACCGAGAAGUUCUUUCGUUUCCACAAAAUCACAUUUUUCCGCAAAUGCAAAUAUAUACCCUAGAAGUUCCACCUCGACAAUAAGGAGUGUACCCCAGGAAGUAGAAUUUCUACCCACCAAGGCCGCUCCUAUUCCUACUCCUACUCCUACCCCAGCUCCCGCAUUCGGUUCUCUGAGAAAUUUCUCCAAGCCAAGCACCGCUCGAUCUCAAACUCAACGUCUAAUUCCAGCUGAGAAGAUAAAUCCCCCGGUACCCCGACGCGCAAAAACAGAUUUCUUGAAAAGUUUCGAAGUCCCUAAUUUAAUGAUGGAUUGUGGUGGUUACGAUGUUCAUGAGUUUAGUUAUGCGGAUUAUACGUAUGUGGAAUCGGAAUCGGAGUUGGGAUAUGCGGCGUAUUCUACUGGGCAGAUGAUUAAAGAGGUUGCGGCGGGUGGUGCGGGAAAUGGGGAGGGGGAAAAUGGGAAUGGAGAUGGAGAGUUUGAGAAGUUUAUUUUGGAUGCGAGGGAGGGCGGGAGGGGGGAGAAAGGGAGAAUUUUGGGGAGGAAUGGGAUUGUGGAGAUGAAUUUGGAUGUGGAUAUGAAGAUAGAUGUUGAUAGGGAUGUUCACACGGCAGAAAAGAAAAAUAGAGGAGUUUGGAGGAGUUUGAGGAGGAAGGAUAGGAAUGCAGGUGUUAGAGGAUGAGAUGUUGAGAGGCUAAAAGGUUAAAAGUUUAAUUUAUGCAUUGUGAGAGGACUUAUUAAUUUGUGGUUGAGGAGUACGAAAAGAGAGGAGGAUGGGUUAUUGGUAAUACUUGGUUAUGAUGAUUUUAUUAUGUGUUUAUGUUAUGUUAGUUAGACUUAGCUUGAUAUCCUAAUUAUUUUUUAGUUAUCUAUUUAUUAAUCUUAAGAUCUUGUAUUUUUAUCGGAUUUGUUUGACGUAUUGUUUUUGUUUUUGUUUUGCUCUUUGAUGAUAACCUAGUCCCGAUAAUGGAUGUGCCGUUUUUUAAAGACUCAUGCCAUACAUCAAUGUAUGUAUGUAUGUAUGUAUGUAUGUAUGUAUCUUGCAGUAGUGAAA